ACAGUCUUUCUCAUUCCUUUGCCUCCAUAGGUGUUGAAAGGAAGAACCGGCUCCUAAGCAGCCAAUCAGCCACCAGAGAGACAAGGAGACAAUCUCACCAGCUCAGCGACCAGACAUGGCUCCGAGGGGUGAUGCCAAACUCUUCUUCUGCUCCCUCCUCAUCACCUGCUACUGCUCGGUGACAAUGGCGCAGAUGGCCAUGGACUGCUGCUUGACUGUCGCAAACAAAACUAUUGAGAAACAGUUUAUUGCAGACUACUAUCAACAAACCAGUGGAAGAGGCUGCUCUAUUGAUGCCACAAUUCUGGUGACCAGGCGUGAAAGGACACUCUGUGCGCCUCCUGGAGAAUUCUGGGUCCAAGAGGUGGUGAAACAUGUGGAGAACCUGAAGAAAGCGUGCAAGAAAAACAGAAAGUUGAUUCGUUGCAAAGGAAUGAAGAAGCUGUAGACUGGGACUGGCCUGUGACCACUUCAGCCACUGCAGCAUCAACAAUGGACCCUUGCAAGUCAGGGAGGAGAUGGUCUGGAACAAACCAAUAAAAAAAUGUUCACUUGAGUUGCUAUAAAAAAAAUAUAUAAAAUAUUUUGAAGGAUUUUUAUGUUUUCUUAUGGAGUGUUUCUGAAGUCCAAUGCUGGUGGAAGAAAUUUAACGUGAAACAUGUAGCUUCCUAAGCUAACUCUGAAGAACUGAAGUGCCAGUAUUUUGGUUGUAUGCAUUUCUUUGAUUUCUGACCUUUUUCAGAAUAAACUCUGCUUUUUUCUCAA